AAGAGAGUGGACUUCUUGAUGAUUCUUCAAACUGGGCCGCGCUGCACACGAUAUAUAUACAUGCAGAUGAAGGGCCGUUUGACUCUGCGAAUAUGGCGGUGGCAGCAUGUUCGGCUGUACUGCCUGUCGUCAGCUCGGUGCGGCGGUACUACCAGGCGCGACGUACAUUUACGCGGUCAAGCCUCAAACCACUGAAACUCCACAGGCCUGUGGCGUCGACACACAUUAUGCCUCAAGUCUUGGGCGCCACCCCUGCAGUUUACACAAGAGGGCCAAUCGCAUUCCAUGGUGAAAUGCCCAUCCGCCAAGCCACUGACAGGUGGUGCCAUCCGCGUGCCGCCGUCGCCCGGGCGUGCGGGUUAGGAGUGGAGAGUGUGGUGGUUGCUUGUCUGAAGACAAGCUUUCUUGACAGCGAUUAAGCUCUUCGUGGCGGCCUUGUCCGACACAAGGUGAGACACACUACUGCGGUCUGGAAGCAGUGUCAUUGGCGAGCCGGCACGAACACUGCAGUUUGCAUAGAGCAUCUAGCGCCAGAAGGCCAUCCUGCUAAUUUUCUCUGUUGCCCUUUUC